UCAUUUGUGUUUCCCAUCAUGCGUGAUCAUCUAAGUCACUUUCAGAAUUCAUCUUUGUAUCCUUUACUUCCAUUAUAUGAUUCGGAAUUCGGCAAAAGCGCAGUACUUAAUAAGUUCUCCAUAUGGCAUGUCAUAUUUGAAACGUUUGACUACUUUCAAUCCUCAACAAAGCUUCAAAUGAUAAAUGUGCCUGUUCCAACUAUUCGGGCUCUACCACUCCGCAAGGGCAUUCAAGUUCAAGAUAGUUUUCAUUGGUCACUUGGACAUCGAAACUUUGCUGCUGGACUUUUUUUGAUAUUUGAUGAAAAACAACAACGGCUGCGCCUACGGAUCACGCAUGAAUUUUCUCAAUUUCCCCGGCUAUGUCACACUCUGGCCAAUGAUAUUUUAUGUAAUCGCACUAGCAAACUCGAAGCCUUUGUAUAG